AUGUGUGGCUCCUCUCAAGGCUUCACAGCCUCCUCCUCUCAGUGCACCACAGCCAUGUUAACAUCAGAAAACUCACCGCAGAGCACAGGGGUCAUCGCAACAGCAAUGCCAGAGACACAGGACGCAGACAUGGCAUCAUGGAGCGAGGCAAACUUUGAGGAGAAGUGCACAUAUAUCGUGAAGGACCAUCUUCUGGAGGAAGGGUCCGAAAACAAGAACAAGACACGAGCCGAGAGAUCUUUACCCAGAAACCUGGCCCUGAAGCGCUGCCACAACUCCACAGAGGUGCUUGGGGUGACCAGUAAGGAGCUGAUUCCUCAGGGAACACGUUUUGGCCCUCUGGUGGGGGAAAGCUACACCAACGAAACGCUACCGAAAGAUCCCGACAGGAAGUACUUCUGGAGGGUCUUCUUAGAGGGGCAUUUACACCACAUCCUGGAUGGUUUGAACGAGGAGCAGAGCAAUUGGAUGCGUUACGUCAACCCAGCCUGUUCUGUGCAGGAGCAGAACCUGGUGGCAUGCCAGAGCGGGUUAAACAUCUACUUCUACACCAUCACACCCCUGCAGCCGGGCCAGGAGCUCCUGGUGUGGUACUGUCCUGAAUUCGCCCGGCGCUGUAACUACCCUCCACUGGGUCGACUGGCUAUUGACAGUAUUGAACCAAGUCAAGCUCAGGAGAAGACAACAGUGAAACGAGGACACAGUGUCUCUGAAAUCCUUCGAGACGAGCCUUCCAAGUCCCUGCCUGCCUGCCCCAGACGUCUGAGUAGCCCCUUGUCUCAGACCAACCUCUCAGCAGUUUUUCCCCUGUGUCCCCGUGUUGUAUACCCGAUCCAGCCCCACUCAGAAUCCAUCCAUGGCCAAAGAUAUGUGACUCAACCACCUGUGCCAUCCUGUAGCCCUCCAGCUGCAAAAAGACCGGUUCUUAGCGGUCCCUCUAGUUUGCACUUCACCCUUCAGCACAGUCAAAGCCCUGUUACAGCCAAACCUUACCAAAAGCCCUCUUUACCUGAUCGAGUCCAUCCUGCUCUGAGGCAUUCCCCCUAUCCACUGCCUCACUACUCGCUCGGCCUUAACAGCAUUCUACCUCAGUCAUUCCCCUUCUACAGAGACCAAAUGAAACAUCACUUCAUAUCUCAUGUGCUGCCUUUUGACAGCUAUGCACACAUCCACCCUUCUCUGGCUAACGGACACAAAGACUUGACCCUUGCACUAUCCAACACCAAACAAGACCUCAUUCUUUCACAAAACAGCGAGCACAGAGACAACAAGGACCUCAUAACCGUAAGGACAAACUACCUCAGGUGCCCUUCAGAUGACCUCAGAGAUUUCAGACAAUCUCCAAGCAGUAAUGUUCACGCAGACCUCAGUUUACCUGCAUCAUCCAGUGCCUCAUCCAUGGCCACCUCCCUCCGCAGAGCACUGCCAUCUCUUGCGCCUGGAGGAUGUUCACCACCAGUGGGUAUGGCUGCCUUUUCAGACUGCCUCCCUUCCAAACCCACGUCUGCCACUCAGAGACAAACUGAGGAUGCAAUGGACCUCAGGAAGAUCAAACGAGGAGGACAUAUUAUCGGCUACAAGACGCUGUCAUAUCCCCUCACCAGGCAGAAUGGAAAGAUCCGGUAUGAUUGCAACAUCUGUGGAAAAAUCUUUGGGCAGCUGUCCAACCUUAAGGUCCAUCUGCGAGUGCACAGCGGGGAGCGUCCCUUCAGGUGUCAGACCUGCAAUAAGAACUUCACACAGCUGGCCCACCUGCAGAAACACUACCUGGUUCACACUGGAGAGAAGCCUCAUGAAUGCAAGGUGUGCCAUAAGCGAUUCAGUAGCACAAGCAACUUAAAGACCCAUCAGCGGCUACACUCAGGUGAGAGGCCGUACCUGUGCAAGCUCUGCCCGGCCCGCUUUACUCAAUACGUACACCUAAAGCUCCACAAACGGCUCCACACUGGUGAACGACCUCACAGGUGUCCUUGUUGCCCCUGUGCCUAUCUCCACUACUGCAGCCUCCAGGUGCACCUCCAAGGCUUCUGCCCUCUCUCCCCCUCGGCCUCCCACAGACACUCCCCGGAGGAGCUACACCGAGUCAACGCGGAGAUUGAGAGGUUCGACAUGAGCGAGGCGGCAGAGCAGCUUGAGGCCAUGGCUGCAGAUGCCGAGAUGGACAAGGGAAAUGUUUUUGACUUGAUAAAGAAGAUGGAGUCUCGUACCUCUGGCCACCACGAAGAGGAGGAGGACGAGCUGAGCAUGUACAAAUCUGCAGUUCUGCCACAUCAUGGCAGCCCUCUACCUCUGCAUCCAACCAGUAUCAAGCUGGAGUCAGGCUGCACAUCAGAGCCCUAAAACUGCCUUGCUAAUCCAGCCGUAUAAUCCUUACAGGUCAACUCAGCAGCUGUCUGUUACUGCCCUAUUUGAAGUAAAGCCUUAUCUCAAUCAUGGAUUGCCUAGCAUAUAUACUCUACACAGGCUGUAGCGUGUGGAGAAUCAAGACAUUACCAGCAUGGCCUGGGACCACUGACUGAUUUAUACUUCUUUGUUAAUUUAUUCAGUUUUUAACAUUAAUCUAAAAUGUAUGAAUGAUUUGUGAAUUUUUUUGUAUUGUAUUCUUUUUUUGUAUCUUCAUGGAACGACUAAAUAUUUGCAUAAACAAAGUUUGUAGUUCA